AUGUCAUCAUUCAUUGCCAACGUCAAGUCGGUGCUCAGCGGAGACACCCUCGUGCUCACUAGCCCCAACAACCCUGCGGCCGAACGGACACUCUCGCUUGCUUAUGUCUCCGCCCCUCGCCUGAGCAAGGACGGCGAUGAGCCGUAUGCUUUUCAGUCACGCGAGUUCUUGAGGGCCCUGGCCGUUGGGAAACCAGUCAAGUUCAGCGUUUCGUACACCAUCCCCAACUCUGGUCGGGAAUACGGAACUGCCUUGCUCCAGGAUGGCACUGAGCUUCCAGAGGCAGCAGUCAGUGCUGGUUGGCUCAAGGUCAGAGAAGAUGCUGGACGGAAAGAAGAGUCCGAGGACGUUCUCGCCAAGAUCGACAACCUACGGAGUCUCGAGACAGCAGCUAAGGAUGAAUCCAAGGGGCUGCAUGCUGGUUCCGGCGGUUUUAUCGAGGUCCAGAACGACCUGGGUGGCCCCGAGUUUAUGAACAAAUGGAAGGGCAAGACAGUAGACGGCAUCGUCGAGCGUGUCAUUAGCGGCGACAGGCUUCUCGUCCGCUUGCUCCUUGAAGAGAAGAAGCACUGGCAGGUCAUGACACUCAUGGCUGGUAUCCGUACCCCCUCGACCGAGCGUGUCAACCAGUCGAACGGGCAGACACAGCCCGCAGAAGAAUUUGGUAAUGAGGCCCGCAACUUUGUCGAGCAACGCCUUCUCCAACGCCCGGUCCAGAUCAAGAUCGUGGGCGCCAGCCCUCAGGGCCAGCUCGUUGGCGCCGUUAUUCACCCUCGCGGAAACAUUGCCGAGUUCCUUCUAAAGGAGGGUCUCGCUCGGUGCAAUGACUUCCACUCCACCAUGCUCGGCGCCGACAUGGCUUCCCUCCGUGCCGCCGAGAAGGAUGCUCAAGGUGCUCGUCGUCGUUUGCACAAGGGCUUUGUCGCCAAGACUACCGAUAGCAAGGAACAUGAUGCGACCGUCACCAAAAUCAUUGGCGCCGAUACCAUCAUCGUCCGCAAUAAGGCCGGUGCCGAGAAGAGGAUCAGCUUGAGCAGUGUCCGCGGGCCCCGUGCCGGAGAGUCCUCUGAGGCGCCGUUCAGGGACGAGGCGAAGGAGUUCCUGCGGAAGAAGCUUAUUGGAAAACACGUCCGCAUCUCAGUCGAUGGCACCAAGCCGGCCAGCGACGACUUCGAGGCCCGCGAGGUCGCUACCAUUACCCAAAAUGGUAAAAACAUCGGGCUGCAACUCGUCCAGGAAGGCUACUGCUCCGUAAUCAGGCACCGGAAAGACGACACCGAUAGGGCGUCUAACUAUGACGAGCUGCUUGCAGCUCAGGAGACGGCUAAGGAGGAGAAGAAGGGGAUGUGGUCUGGCAAAGCACCCAAAGUCAAGCAAUACGUCGACAUGUCGGAGAGCGUCCAGAAGGCGAAGAUUCAGCUUUCUACCCUCUCCAGGCAGCGCAAGGUCGCGGGUAUCGUCGAUUUCUGCAAAUCUGGAUCUCGCUUCACUAUCCUGGUGCCCCGUGAGGAAGCUAAGCUCACACUAGUACUCGCUGGCAUUCGUGCUCCUCGCUCCGGGCGGACCCCUCAGGAUAAGGGGGAGCCUUUUGGGCAGGAGGCUUUGGACCUGGCCAACAAGCGCUGCAACCAAAGGGAUUGUGAGAUUGACGUCCAUGACAUUGACAAGGUUGGCGGCUUCAUUGGUGACCUAUUUGUGAACCGGGAAAGUUUCGCCAAGAUUCUUGUCGAAGAGGGCCUGGCUUCUGUUCACAAGUACUCGGCUGAGAAGUCGGGUAACGCCCCCGAGCUUCUGGCCGCGCAAGAUCGUGCAAAGGAGGCGAGAAAGGGGCUAUGGCAGGAUUGGGACCCGUCGCAAGACGCCGAGCAAGAAGCGGAGGCCGCAGCUGGCGAACCUGCGGCAGAUGUUUCGGUCACUAUCGAGAAGAAGCCAGAGGAUUACCGAAAUGUCAUCAUCACAAACAUUGAUGCGAACGGCCGGAUCAAGGUCCAGGAGAUCGGGAAAGGCACAGACGCGUUGGAGUCCUUGAUGGACCAGUUCCGGCAGUUCCACAUCAACCCCACAAAUAGCGCCACCAUCAAGGACGCCCCGAAGGCUGGUGACUACGUAGCCGCCCAGUUUACAGAGGACGGCGAGUGGUACAGAGCGCGCAUCCGCUCCAACGACCGCGCCGCUAAGGUGGCCGAGGUCGUGUACAUCGACUACGGCAACUCAGAGAAGCAGCCGUGGUCGAAGCUCCGGCCGCUCAGCCAGGCCCAGUUCACGGUCCAAAAGCUGAAGCCGCAGGCCGUCGACACCCAGCUGUCGUUCGCGCAGCUCCCGGCGUCCCCCGACUACCUCAGCGACGCCAUCAACUACCUCUACGAGCUCACCGAGGGCAAGCAGCUGGUGGCCUGCUUCGACUACGUCGACAGCAAGGAGGGCGUGACCUACGUCACCCUGUACGACCGCAAGCCCGAAGGCGCUAGCACCGAGUCGAUCAACCGCCAAGUUGUCCUGGACGGCCACGCCCUAGUCGCGCGGAAGCUGAAGGCGUGGGAGCGCAGCAAGGUCUUUGAGCCCGUGCUCAAGAGCCUGCGGGAGGCCGAGGCCGAGGCAAAGGAGGGUCGUCGGGGUAUCUGGGAGUACGGCGAUAUCACCGAAGACUAA